AUGCAGAUACUAGGCAGCCCCAUCGGCACUCCCCAGGGCUACGGCAGCGCGGUUAGAGGGAAGCUUGAGACAGCAGCGGAACCGCUCCCCCUCCUGGCGCAAAUGGACCCCCAACUCAGCCUCCUCCUCCUCACUCGCCGCGUCAGCCGCCGCGCCUCCUUCCUAGCAAGGACAACACCUUUGGAGGUGCUGCCCGACGCGGAGUGGUCUGCAUGGGGAGAGCAGCUGCUUCUUACCUUCCUGGAGGCGGCCCACAUCGUAACACCAAGAAGUGAAGCGGAGAGGAGGCGGAUCUGGCGGCAAGCGGCGCUACCAGUGACACUAGGUGGGCUGGGCAUCACCGACCCCGCUGUUGAAGGGAGCUACGCCUACCUCGCAUCGGUGAUUGGAGCUUCGCACCUCCUGCACUCUCUGACUGACACCCUGCACCCCGCUAACGGGGAUUCGGCAGGGCGGGAGGUGUCAUCUGGUCCCAAGGAAUCGACGCCUGGCGGAAGCCAUAGAGGAGUCGGGGGUUUGAGCCCGCAGCAGGAUCAGCCUGAAAGGUUGGGGUGCGUGGAGGAGGCGACGGAGGAACAUGAGACGUCGUGGGGCGAGGCGGCUGCGGCUGCGGUGCCAGUGGAAAACGACGCACCGGUGACGGAGUCGGAGGUUGCUGCGGUAGCUGAGGCUGCGGGUGCUGCGGUGCCGAAGGUGGUUGCUGCUGCUGCUACUGUGGCGGCGGCCGUGGUGGCUCCGGUGUCUGUUGGCGGGCUUGACGCUGCCUUUGGCAGCGGCUCAGCUUCACCUUCUGCCAUCCCCCAGGUGGUGCAACCUCAUACCGAGGAGCCAGGAAUGGCAGCGGGCCUGGAACAGACCGAGGAGGCGGCACUGUCGGCGUCACCGGCGCCUGUAACGGCGGCUGUGCUGGCUGCGGCGGUGACUGCGGCGGUAGGGGAACAGGACGGAGACCAGGUCGAGGAGGAUGUGCCGACUGCUGCUGCGAGCGCCAGAACGUCUGCUGCUGCCAAGGGUGCAAGCACGCAGGGGCGCGGCCAGGGGGGGAGCAAUAGACGGGGUUACGGACCCGGCGUGGCUGCCUGCGCCGCCCGCGGAAAGGCACGGAAGAAGCUUCGAGCCCAGCCAGCACCGAGGCGGCCCGGAGCAGGGCUGGGACCUGGUCCCCCGGGACCCCUCCUGGGCUGGCUUCUGCAAGGGCAGUUGCCACGAGUGCAAGAGCGUCAACUGCCAUCUGUGGGGACAAGCAGCAAAGGCAUGGAGGCAGAGAACGGUAUUAGGCAAGCAACCACAGCAAACAACACGACAGGAGACGCAGCGGCAGGAACAUCAACGCAAUAA